AAACUGGUAAGGUAACUACAGCGAACCUCUGUCUUGGACUGUUUUUUUUUUUCUUGGCGAGGAAGAGUUCAGAAUCAUCGUUUUAAAUGUAUAACAUGAUUGAAACCGAACUUAAACCCCCGGCUCCCCAGCCAAACACUGGGGGCACGGGGAACACUAACACUUCAGGAAACAACCAGAAAAACAGCCCGGAACGAGUUAAGAGACCCAUGAAUGCCUUCAUGGUGUGGUCGAGGGGACAGCGGAGGAAAAUGGCGCAGGAAAACCCCAAAAUGCACAAUUCGGAAAUAAGCAAAAGGCUCGGGGCUGAAUGGAAACUUCUGUCCGAGUCCGAAAAGAGACCUUUCAUUGACGAAGCGAAACGUCUCCGGGCUCUCCACAUGAAGGAACAUCCGGAUUACAAAUACAGACCCCGGCGGAAAACCAAGACGCUGAUGAAGAAGGACAAGUACACUCUGCCCGGUGGUCUCCUUGGACCGGGAAGCAACGCUAUGAGCGCAGGUGUGGGCGUCGGGGCUGGUUUGGGUGCCGGGGUUAAUCAGAGGAUGGACAGUUACGCACACAUGAACGGCUGGACCAACGGAGGCUAUGGGAUGAUGCAAGAGCAGCUUGGCUAUCCGCAGCACCCUGGUUUGAACGCACACAACACGGCUCAGAUGCAGCCGAUGCACCGUUACGACAUGAGCGCGCUUCAGUAUAACUCCAUGACAAGUUCCCAGACCUACAUGAACGGAUCCCCUACGUACAGCAUGUCCUAUUCCCAGCAGACCACUCCGGGAAUGACGCUGGGCUCCAUGGGUUCGGUGGUAAAGUCCGAGUCCAGUUCGAGUCCUCCCGUAGUCACAUCGUCCUCUCACUCGAGGGCCGCCCCGUGUCAAACAGGGGACCUACGGGACAUGAUCAGCAUGUACCUCCCGGGCGCAGAAGUUCCAGAACAAACAGGCCAAAGUAGACUUCAUAUGUCCCAGCAUUACCAGAGUGCACCUGUGCCCGGAACCACGAUUAACGGCACGCUCCCAUUAUCGCAUAUGUAAAUGAACUUUUCUAUUGCAGACACUGGACUUCUCUGGACUAUUUUUGUACAGAACAUUUUUUUUGGUGAGGGAAAAGUUGUAUAGGACUCAAGGAAAGAACACAAACCCUUUUUGCUUUCUAUUUAAAGAAACGCUCUAGAGGAACGGUAGGAACACCACCAAGUUUUUUUUGUUUGUUUGUUGCUUCUUUUUUUUUUAAAGGUGUAUGAGAUUUUGGAAAUAGAAGGGGGGAGAAUCAAUCAAAUGUUUUAUUAUUGCAAUCACCUUUUGUACAGUAUUUAUCAAAUAAACAUAACAAUCAGUUGUAAUGUUUGUAAACUACAAGAAGUUAAAUUUUUAUAAAAGUUAAUCCUGCAAAAGAUGGCAGAAUUGACACUUAAUAUACUCCAAACUCUGCAAACACUGGAAGGAAAGAAAUAGUAAACUAGGCAAAUGUUUCUCCUCGAGGGUCAAUAGUACUAAAACAUUUUAAUUUAGUUCUAAAUGAUAGAACACAAAAGCGCUAUCGCACGUUAAUUUAUAUAUUUUGUUUAGUCUCCAACCCUCCAUCUGUUAGAAAUAUGAAGUUUGUGUUCUUUAUUUUCUCAUGGUUUGUAAAUUUUCUGUAUAUUUACUGUGAUAUUUUAAGUUUUUAUUUUAAAAAGUCUUUUUUUUUCGUAGUUGUAUUUUAAAAUGUGGCCUGUACGCAGAUGCCAACACUCCAUGUAUAUAUUUGAACUAAUAGCAUCAUAACAGUUACAAUUUCAGAUGAGUUUUUUUUCCCAAUAUGCAGUUUGAAAUGAAUAAAUUUUGGAAAUUUGGAUAUUUGAAA